AUGGCAUCGAUGAAGUUUGAUCUACCGCUGCUGGAUUACAAGACGAGAUUUGCGCUGUGGCAAGUCAAGAUGCGGGCGAUUCUGGCACAAUCUUUGGAUCUUGAUGAGGCGCUGGAUGGUUUUGGAGGCAAAGGGCAGAAGUCAUGGACCGCUGUAGAAAAGCGAAAGGGUCGUAAGGCUCUGUUUCUGAUUCAACUUCAUCUACAUAAUGAUAUUUUGCAAGAAGUGCUGCAGGUGAAAACUGCCGUAGAACUUUGGCUUAAGCUGGAAUUGAUCUGCAUGUCCAAGGAUCUAACCAGUAAGAUGCACGUGAAGAUGAAGUUGUUCACGCACAAGCUGCAAGAAGGUGGUUCGGUGAUGAACCACUUAUCGAUCUUUAAGGACAUCGUUGCCGACCUAGUGUCGAUAGAGAAUAAGGAGAAAAGAAAUGGUACAUAUAAACCAAAAAACAAAUCCGAUGGUGAUGGUAAGGCCUCUGUUGUCUUCGCUGCUGAUAGUUCUGAUUCAGGAGAUGUUCUUGUUGUUCUUGCUGGUUGUGUUGCUAGUCGUGAUGAAUGGAUACUUGAUUCUGCAUGCUCGUUUCAUAUAUGCUCUAACAGAGAUUGGUUCAGUUCUUACAAGUCUACGCAUAGUGGAGAUGUCGUGCGUAUGGGAGAUAACAACCCACGUGAGAUCGUGGGCAUUGGCUCUGUUGAGAUCAAGAUGCAUGAUGGCAUGAUACGCACACUAAAAAGAUGUGAGACACAUACCGGGGAUGGCAAAAUCUCAUCUCCCUCAAAGACACUUGAUGCCGAGGGGUACAAACACUCCGGUUCGGUGGAGUGUAAGGUAUCAAAAGGCUCUCUCAUUCAUAUGAUAGGUGAUAUGAAUUCUACAAAGUUAUAUGUUCUUAGAGGAAGUACUUUACAUGGUUCCAUCACUGCUGCUACUAUUUCUAAUGAUGAACCAAGUAAGACUAAUCUCCAGCAUAUGUGUCUUGGACAUAUGAGUGAACUUGGUAUGAUGUAA